AUGUUAUCUCGUCGCAUUCUUGUUACCCUCUUCUACGUCUUUACGACGCUCACUCUCCUUGCUGCCGCCACGCCUUUGGGUUCGAACCCAACUACGACCACCCAGACUGUGACUACCACCGUCACCGCCUCUGGAGCGACCACCACUGUUACUGAGCUUGCCAGUUCUUGCGAUUCUGCUAAUCUGCAGUGCUGCAAUAGUGUCCAAUCGGGCAAUAGCAACGCUGUAGGCAUGCUUCUGGGCCUUCUUGGCGUUGUUCUCAGCGACGUGACCGCCUUGGUUGGUAUCUCUUGCACUCCUAUCACCAUUGUCGGCGUCGGCAGCACUGGUUGCAACCAGCAGACGGUGUGCUGCCAGAAUAACACCUUCAACGGUAUCAUUGCCAUUGGCUGCGUACCCAUCAACAUUUACUUCUAA